AUGCGGUCCAGCUCAACAUUGGUUAACCGAAACACCCGCACUCCCAUCGCCGCCGCCCCCACUCCCCUCCCCGUGGCGCGCCGCCCCCACUCAAGCCGGAAGUCCCCGCCCCUAUCCCGCCGCCCUACUCCCCUCUACCGAACGGUGCGGUGCGAGGCGAGGCCCUACUCCGCCCUCCGUGAUUUUCAGGGUUUAGCCCAUCAUUUCCAAAUUCGCUAUUUGCUUUUUGAUCAUAGGCUAGGAAUUACUUACAGUGCUUUUGUUUACACUGAAAUGCUUGACCUUGGUAUUGGUACCCAAGGGUGGACCAAUGUCGUUCGUGGCUUCAAUGAAGUCACGAGGCUCGGGUACAACAAGAAAAAGUGCCAGAACAAGUACAACGAGCUGAAACGUUUGUAUUUCAAUUGGCGCGACGGUCAGACCCAUACUGGGCUAGGCCGUGACCCACUUACUGGAGAGGUUACAGCUGACCCCGAGUGGUACGGCGCCAGCCCUGGGGAAAGUAGCCAACCCGCUCGUGAGAAGUUCAGACGCCCCCAAUGCUGGGCGAGUUGGUAUCAACUUGACAAGACACUCAGUAGUGGAAGCCCUCGCACUCCUUCAGCCUUGUCGGACGAGCCGGUCCUACCGCGUUGUGGUGCUCAGCCCUCGAAGAGAGUCCAUAGGGAACAUUCUAUUAACAGUCCUCGUAGUAAGAAGAGUAGCAAGACUCCAUCCAUUGACGACUGCCUUGAAGACCUGAGCCACAUUAUCAGGGAGGCUAGGUCCCAGAAGUCCCGUCAGGCCACAGAUGCUGAGGAGUUGUCCCAAGUCCAUCAGAUUCUGAAGCAAGAUGGUUACAGCGAGACUGAUGUAGUAUUCGCGCAAACCCUUAAACUUUGCAACAACAGGCUCCGUCGUCGGGCUUUUCUUAAUUUGGAAACUAAAGAGGGUAGCACAAUGAGCAGCACUGACGAGUCGUCGUACAGCGACACUUCUAGUGAUGGACUUAGCACUGUGAUCUUCGCCGCGAAGGCAGUAGUCGUGUUGCGGAGGUUGAAAAGUAUUAUGUCGCAGCAAAUGCCUGAGGUAAAUCCUCCUUGUCCCAAUCCUAAACUAUCUGGAGCCCAAUGGAUGCAGCUUACCCUUGCCGACCAAACCAAAUGUAUAGACAAUUUGCGCCUGAUGCGUGAUGCCUUCAUGCAUUUGCAUGACACCCUGCUUCCUUUCGGCCUGCCAUCAACAAAUAAGUGUACCUCGGUAGAAGCUUUAGGCAUGUACAUCUGGACCUGUGCCCACCAAUCUGCCAGUAGAGAGUGCAAACAUAGGUUUGAAAGGUCUUUAGAUACAGUUAGCAGAAAGUUAACAGCAGUUGCAGAGGUCAUGUAUAGGUGGGCAAAGACUGUCCUAGUGCCCGCAGAUAGGAAGUACGCACGCGUAAGCCAGAAACUUGCUACAUAUGCACCAUGGUUUGAUGGAUGCAUAUGUGCUAUAGAUGGCACGCACAUAAAGGUUGAGGUUAACCGUGAAGCAAAGGUUGAUUUCUUCAAUAGAAAAGGUGAAACAACAAUUAAUGUUUGUGCCAUCGUGGAUAUGGAUGGCCGUUUCACAUACGUGGGGGCCAGGAAGGCAGGGGCAUGUCAUGACAUGGCGGUGUUGAAAGACUGUCAGGACGACGGUCGGUUCCCGCAUCCCCCAGUAGGUUCGUGA